AUGGAUCAAAUUAUUGCUGAACAUCAAAUCCUUGAAAAAAAACAAAACGAUCACAUCAGAAAAUCUUUUGAAAGCGUCGACACUUUGAUUAAAGCUUUAAAUGAAACAAAUUUAACAUUACAAACAAAUCCGGUGAAUCCAUUACAGGCUUUACAGCUACUCUCAAAAAAAUCUAGGGAAAUAUCAGAGCAAGUUUCAUUCAAUAACAAAGAAUUUCAACGAUCAAUUGUGAAAUAUGAAAAGGCUGUGGAUAAGAAAUGGAGUAAAGAUAUUACAAUAGCUAGUAAUCCUCAAGCAUUCGAUGAUAAAGAUAAAAUACUUCAGAAAACUGUUGCCUUACAUUUUAUAAGGCAAGGAAAAUUUGAAUUGGGUGAAACUUUUAUUAGGGAGGCUCAAUUGGAUAUUUCACCGGCUCUUCAACAGCAAUUUGCCACAAUGUAUGAAAUUCUUGAGGCAAUAAAAUUUCAAGAAUUAGAGCCCGCAUUAUCAUGGGCAAAAUCAAAUCGAGAGGGACUUGAAAAGCGUGGAAGUUCGCUUGAAUUUCAGCUUCAUCGCCUUCGCUACAUCCAAUUUUUAAUAGACCAACAACAUAAUGAAGCAUUGAUGUACGCAAAAAAUAAUUUUAAUUAUUUUAAUAAUCGCCAUUUACAUGGAAUGUCAUAUGAAAGUCCACUAUUUAUAAGUGUGACAGUUGGUGCACAAGCAUUACCUACAAUUAUCAAAAUGGCGACAAUAAUGAAAGAAAAGAAGAAUGAAUGGAGUCAACAGGAUGAAUUACCAGUUAAUACAUUUCCUUUAAUGGAUGAUAUGAGAUAUCAUUCUAUUUUUGCAUGUCCUGUAUCUAAAGAACAAUCAACAGAAGAUAAUCCUCCGAUGAUGAUGCCUUGUGGUCAUGUAAUAUGUAAAGAAAGUUUAACAAAAUUAAGUAAAGGAAAUAACUAA